AUGGCAUCAACCAAACCCACACUAGCCCCACGCAAUUGCCAGUUGCCCUCUUUUGCUUCUCUUGCAUUUACAACAAUUGACAUCCCAAUGAGCCUAGAGUAUCUCAAAACGGCAUCCAAGAAGCUCUACCCCAAUCUAGUCCGCGAACUCUCCGUCCACAUCACAAAGAAAUACGAUGGAAACACGAAAACGUUUGAACAGCUAGACUCCUGGAGAAGUAAAGAUGUGCCCCAGAUUCUUGCAGAACGAUACCGCAAAUCCAAAGAUACAACCACGUAUCUAGAAAAGAAAGAACUCGUGCUUCUAAUGGACUGGAAAUUGGCCAAGGGGACCUUCCGCCCCUCCCUACCAAAACUCAUCAAGUCCAACGAGGAAGACACAGUCAAAGAGGUCACCAGGUCAGGGUUCAAGAUCAUGCUCGACUAUUUCAAGACUUUACCAGACGACUUCUGGGACAAGUUGACCGCCAACGACAGGAUAGAGUACUCGAAAACAGUGAGGCUUGCGCUAAAGAAAUUGGGCGAGUUGAAAGGCAUCGGUCCCGCUACGGCCAGCUUACUACUCAGUUGUCUCAGCGACAUCUACCCCCGACUUGCCCCACCGUUCUUCAGCGACGACAGCUUCCUCUACUUUGUCGUUGGCGACGCAGCACGCCUGGAGUAUAAGCUCAGAUAUAGCCCCAAGGAAUACGCCGAUGAGUACUUGAGUGUGUUUUUCGACAUUAUGCACGCGCAUGCCAAAGACGGGUGGACAAUGACGGAGUUGGAACGGGGUGCUUGGAGCAUUGGAUUCUAUGAUGCGAACAAAGAGACCAGGAUGGUGGAGUUGGAGAACCCAUUCACGGAUAAAGAUGUCGAUUGGAACAAGUACAGACAUGACGAUACGCCGGCGGUGAAGGAGAAGGAGGAGGAGGAGGAGGAGGAGGAGGAAGAGGAAAAGCCAAAGAAGAAAAUGAGAAAGACGUCAAAGAGAUGA